AGUUUAGUGGAUGGCUCAUUUGAUUCACUAGUCUUUGAGUAUCAUACAUAUAAAGCAGCGAUUCCCCCUAGAGUUGCCAAAAUGAACUACAGUAUUUUUGACCAGCUAAAUUCAGAAAAAGUAUUUACCAACUAGCACGUUACUAUUUUGUUGGAGGUGGUUUUGAAAAGAAAAGGAAGGAAGGAAAGACACGCAGAGUGGUAGUAACGUCAGUGGCACUGGUUGUCAAGUGGCGCAGAAUAUCUGACAGUGCGAGGGUUGAAUUUGAAUCGGGGGAGAGAAACCGAAACAAGAAGAAUGGAAUUACUUCCGGCGACUGCACCUCCGAUCUCGAAGAAGAAACAAGGCUUCCGAUCGCUGAAGCUCGUGAACGCCGACAUGGACCAGCUCCUCUCGGACCAACCCAUAGGCGUCGACUACGGCACACUCCACAAUGGCCUCCGCUACUACGUCCGCUGCAAUUCCAAGCCUCGCAUGCGAGCCGCUCUCGCUCUCGCCGUCAAGGCUGGAUCAGUUCUCGAGGAAGAGGACGAACGCGGAGUUGCUCACAUUGUUGAGCACCUUGCCUUCAGUGCCACCAGGAGAUACACCAAUCACGACAUCAUCAAGUUCCUCGAGAGCAUCGGAGCCGAAUUCGGCGCUUGCCAGAACGCCGUCACCUCCGCCGACGACACCGUUUACGAGCUCUUGGUUCCGGUCGACAAGCCAGAGCUCCUGUCCCAGGCCAUUUCGGUUUUGGCCGAGUUCAGUUCAGAGAUUCGUGUGUCGAAGGAUGACUUGGAGAAGGAGAGAGGAGCUGUCAUGGAAGAGUACAGGGGAAGCAGAAACGCCACGGGGAGGCUACAGGAUGCUCAUUGGAUAUUGAUGAUGGAAGGUUCAAAGUAUGCUGAGAGGUUGCCUAUUGGACUUGAGAGAGUGAUUCGGACUGUUUCUGCGGAGACUGUGAGGCGUUUUUACCAGAAGUGGUACCAUUUAUGCAACAUGGCAGUAAUAGCAGUUGGAGAUUUUUCUGAUACGCAGGGUGUAGUUGAGUUAAUAAAGACUCAUUUUGGCCAGAAAAUUCCGGAUCCUGAUCCUCCACUUAUACCAACAUUCCAGGUUCCAUCGCACGAUGAGCCACGAUUUUCGUGUUUUGUUGAAUCUGAAGCUGCUGGGUCUGCAGUGAUGAUUAGUUAUAAGAUGCCAGUGGAUGAGCUUAAAACAGUAAAAGACUACCGUAAUUUACUUGCAGAAUCCAUGUUCCUUUAUGCCUUAAACCAGAGGUUCUUUAAAAUAGCACGUAGAAAUGAUCCACCCUAUUUCUCCUGUUCUGCUGCUGCUGAUGUUCUAGUCCGCCCAUUAAAGGCCAAUAUAAUGUCUUCAUCUUGUAAAAGAAAAGGAACUAUUGAGGCCCUAGAAUCAAUGUUAAUAGAGGUUGCAAGGGUGAGGCUUCAUGGCUUUUCAGAGCGUGAAAUAUCUGUAGUUCGCGCCCUACUGAUGUCAGAGAUUGAAUCUGCCUAUUUGGAGCGAGAUCAAAUUCAAUCUACCAGCUUGAGAGAUGAAUAUUUACAACAUUUUCUCCACAAUGAACCUGUUGUUGGGAUUGAGUAUGAGGCUCAACUCCAAAAGACUCUUCUACCACAUAUAUCGACGUCAGAGGUCUCUAAGUGUUCUGAGAAAUUAAGGACAUCAUGUAGCUGUGUCAUAAAGACUAUUGAGCCCCAAUCAUUUGCUGUGCUUGAUGAUCUGAAAAAUGUUGUUAAUAAAGUCAAUCUUCUUGAGGAAGAGGGUAGAAUCUCUUCUUGGGACGAUGAACAUGUUCCAGAAGAAAUUGUCACUACAAAGCCAAAUAUGGGGCAUAUUGUGCAGGAAUUGGAAUAUUCAAAUAUUGGAGCUACUGAACUGAUUCUGUCAAAUGGCAUGCGUAUCUGCUAUAAGCGUACAGACUUUCUUGAUGACCAGGUUAUCUUCACAGGGUAUUCAUAUGGGGGCUUGUCUGAACUCCCAGAGAGUGAGUACUUCUCUUGUUCAAUGGGACCAACCAUCGCUGGGGAAAUUGGUGUGUUUGGUUAUAGACCAUCUGUUCUAAUGGAUAUGCUUGCUGGCAAGAGAGCUGAAGUCGGUACCAAGAUUGGUGCAUAUAUGAGAACUUUUUAUGGUGAUUGUUCACCUUCAGACCUAGAAACUGCUUUGCAGCUUGUCUAUCAGCUGUUUGUAACAAAUUUAACACCAGGAGAAGAAGAUGUCAAAAUAGUGAUGCAAAUGGCUGAAGAAGCAGUUUCUGCUCAAGAUAGGGAUCCGUAUACUGCUUUUACAAACCGUGUAAAGGAGCUUAACUAUGGAAACUCUUAUUUUUUCCGGCCUAUUAGGAAAAGUGACCUACAAAAGGUUGAUCCACGGAAAGCUUGUGAAUUCUUCAGCAAAUGUUUCAAAGAUCCAUCAACUUUUACUGUUGUGAUUGUUGGGAACAUUGAUCCCACUAUCGCAAUGCCCUUGAUAUUGCAGUACCUAGGUGGAAUACCGAAACCUCCUGAACCUAUUAUGCAUUUUAACCGUGAUGAACUGAAAGGAUUGCCUUUCACUUUUCCAACAGCAAUCCAUAGGGAAGUGGUUCGGAGUCCCAUGGUAGAAGCACAGUGUUUAGUGCAGAUAUGCUUUCCUGUGGAGCUGAAGAAUGGGACCACGCAGGUGGAAGAGAUUCACUUCGUUGGGUUCUUGAGCAAGCUUCUUGAAACAAAAAUAAUGCAGGUUCUCCGUUUCAAGCAUGGGCAGAUAUACUCUGUAGGUGUUUCGGUAUUUCUUGGUGGUAACAAACCCUCUAGAAUAGGUGACGUUCGUGGAGACAUCAGCAUAAAUUUCUCUUGUGAUCCAGAUAUAUCUUCCAAGCUGGUAGAUCUUGCUUUGGAUGAAAUGUUACGUCUUCAAGAGGAAGGGCCUUCAGAACAGGAUGUUUCAACCAUGCUUGAAAUUGAGCAACGAGCUCAUGAGAAUGGACUGCAGGAAAAUUAUUACUGGCUGGAUAGGAUUUUGCACAGCUAUCAAUCAAGAGUCUAUUCUGGUGAUGUUGGCACUUCUUUUGAGAUUCAAGAUGAAGGGCGAUCGAAAGUUAGAUCAUCCCUUACACCGUCGACUGCACAGUUGGCACUAAAAAGAAUAUUGCCUUUUCCCUGCAAAAAUAAGUAUACUGUUGUGAUUCUAAUGCCAAAGGCUUCUCCUUUUAAAUUGCUGAAAUCAGUAUUCCAAUCUGCUCGAACUAACUAUGGCAGAGAAGCAAAGAUUUUGGCAGGAGUCGCUGGCGUGGCAGUUUUGGCAUUUAGUUUGUGGAGACAUGCCCAAAAUAAUAGCAGACAUUUGCUUGGCAGAGCCGCUAAUUAAAAUUUAGUUUUCCAACAUGCGUGAUUCUUUAUUUUUACCAAAGUCACAAAACGUACAUAACAUUGUAAGAUUAGAUGAUGUAAAAUAUUGAUUAGUUUAUAGUUAUAGGAGGCAAAUUAGGUGUUUACGUGGCCCCAAUGAAGGCCUGAAUGAAACGUAUGUACAUCGAUUUGUGAUGCUGAGAAUUGUAUCGUGCAACUUCACUUGCUUCUUUACAAAAGGAAUACAGGAAACGGGAUGGUGGUGCGACAUUGUUUCCA